AUGAGAAUGAAUAUAAUAUUUUUCUCCUUUGUUGCGUUCCUGUUGAAGGGACAUAUUGCAAAGGUUGAUGAAAAGAAGAGUUUUUCUAAAUUGUUUGAUCCAGAUUUGGUUAAUAAUUACGAGAAGUUAUUUAAAGUUAUAAAAUGUCAAUACUGCUUGAAACAGAAGAAGGGUGCGGAAAGUGAGAAGUGCAGUAAAAUAAUAGAAGAGUGUAAAAAUUUAUUAAAGGAUGGUGAAUAUGAUACAGUAUUAAAAGAUUUAAUGAAUGACGUUAAGGUGGAUAAUAAUGAAAAGGUUUAUGGGCCUAAUACAGAUGAAUUAAAAAAAAUUGUAAACUUUUUAGAGACACAUAUGAAAGAAGUGGAUGUUUUAAAAGGUAUAAUUGAUGAUAUAAAAGAAAACAAAGAUGUAGUAUUAGUUAAUGGAGGUAACAAUCCAACAAUGCACAAGUUAAAUGCAAAAAUGAAAUCUUUAAAAAAUAGUGUUCAAUAUAUACAGAACAGUCACGACACAAUAAAUGAACAAUUAAGCAAGAGCGAAGAUGAAACAAAUGAUAAUAUGAUACCUGAUAUGUUUCAAUUAAUAGGAAAUGGAAAUAAAGACACAAAUGAGAAUAUUCAAUUAGGAAAUACAUGUGACAAAGAAGAUGCACAAAAAAACGAAUUAAUAGACAUAGGAAUUGACGAAUUUGUAAAAAAUAGUAUGAAAGAUUUGUUUAAAGAUGGUGAAGGAUUUAUGGAUGUUGUGAAAUCUGCUUUAAUACAAGAUGCUGGAGGACUUGGUGGAGAAUUAGCUAGUCUCAUAGAAAAGGGAAAAGAAAUCGGAGACAAAAUUGCAGAUAUUGAAGGACAUAUAGAUGAUAAAAAAGGAAAAGAGACAACAGAAACCUUAACUGUUGAGAAACUAGAUCAUUUUAAAACAGAAUUGUCUUCAUAUGAAUAUUUAUUAAUCACUCUUAAAGGUAUUGCUUUGAGUAAGCUUAAAAGCAUUCUCAUAAAAUUGUUAUACAAAGCAUAUAUAGUUUAUCGUGCAAAGAAAGCAAAAGAAUUUGGGGAAAACCCACCAACUAUUGUUGCUGAAGAGCACUAUCUUAGUGAAUUGAAAAAAGGAGUUUUAGAAUUAGGUAUGAAAAUUCUCUUUAAUAAACUAAAAACUUUAUUAUCAAUUGUUAAAAAGAAGAUCUAUAAGAAAAUUGAAAAAAGAAAAAAUGCAAAAAAAGAGAAAAAUGUGAAAGCAGAGGAUGAAACAAUCAUUGCAAAUACUCUGAAUGGAGAAUCAGAUGAACUUACAUCUCCCAUGCUAAGAGGUUCUAUUCCUGCUGAAGAUAUUAGUUUAAUGAGUAGUAUUGACAGCUUGCUUGAAGAAAUUGAUUUCUAUGAAAAGGAGAUGUAUGACAACCCAGAAUCCGCUGAACCAUUGCACGGGGAGCAAAAGAACGAAGAGGCACCAAUUCAAGGAAUGGACGAUCAGCCAACGGAGGAUGAGACACAGACGGAGGAAAUACAGACGGAGGAGAUACAGACGGAGGAACUACCCAAGGAAGAAGCACCCGCUGUAAUAGAAGAAACAGAAUCAACAAAAGAAACAGAAGCUGAAACUGGGGAAGACUCAAAUGUUCCAAACGUAGACGAAUCUGAAGGAGUUACAAAACAGGAUGGUACCGAGGUGGUAGAACAAGGAGUUGAGCAAGUCACAGAUGAGAAAAAUGACGGAAUUCCAGGGGAAAAUGUCGUAACAGAUGUCACAGAACAAGCUGUCGAAAUGGAGAAAGUUGUUGAACAGGUUGUUCAAGAUGCUGAGAAAGUAGUACAAGAUAUAGCUAAUGUUGUUGAAGAAGUUGCAGAAGUAGUGAAAGAAGCAUCCCAAAUUGAUGGCGAAGUUUCAAUCGGAGAGGGUGUGGCACAGGCAGUUGAAACGGUUACAGAUGUAGUGAAUGAAGCAACACAAAUGAGUGACGAAGGCCCAAACGUAGAAGAAAAACCCCAAGAGUAG